AUGGCAGCUGGAGUGGCCACCUGGCUGCCUUUUGCCAGGGCGGCUGCCGUGGGCUGGCUGCCCCUGGCCCAGCAGCCCCUGCCCGCUGCCCCUCGGGGCUGUGAGGCUCGCAGCGACGAGGUGCUGGUGGUGAAUGUCAGCGGGCGCCGCUUCCAGACGUGGAAGAACACGCUGGCCCGCUACCCAGACACGCUGCUGGGCAGUUCCGAGAAGGAGUUCUUCUUUGACCCGGACUCCGGCGAGUACUUCUUCGACCGCGACCCGGACCUCUUCAGGCACGUCCUGAACUUCUACCGGACCGGCCGGCUGCACUGUCCCAGGCAGGAGUGCAUCCAGGCUUUCGAUGAGGAGCUGGCCUUCUAUGGCAUCGUGCCGGAGCUGAUUGGCGACUGUUGUCUGGAAGAGUACCGAGACCGCAAGAAAGAGAACGCGGAACGCCUGGCUGAGGACGAGGAGGCUGAGCUGGGGGGGCCCGGGGGGGCCGGAGCCGAUUGGGCCCUGCCCCCCGGCAGCCCCUUUCGCCAGCGCCUGUGGCGAGCCUUUGAGAACCCCCACACGAGCACCAUGGCGCUGGUGUUCUACUACGUGACGGGCUUCUUCAUCGCGGUCUCGGUCAUCGCCAACGUGGUAGAGACCAUCCCCUGUGCAGCUGGCGGCCGGGCCGGCUGGCGGGAGGAGCCCUGCGGGGAGCGCUUCCCGCUGGCCUUCUUCUGCAUGGACACGGCCUGCGUGCUCAUCUUUACCGGGGAGUACCUCCUGCGGCUGUUUGCGGCUCCCAGCCGGGGCCGCUUCCUCCGCAGCGUCAUGAGCCUCAUCGACGCCGUAGCCAUCCUGCCCUACUACAUCGGGCUCUUCGUGCCCAAGAACGAAGACCUGUCCGGGGCCUUCGUGACCCUGCGGGUCUUCCGGGUGUUCCGAAUCUUCAAGUUCUCUAGGCAUUCCCAGGGCCUUCGCAUUCUGGGCUACACGCUGAAGAGCUGUGCCUCGGAGCUGGGCUUCCUCCUCUUCUCCCUCACCAUGGCCAUCAUCAUCUUUGCCACUGUCAUGUUCUAUGCCGAGAAGGGCACCAGCAAGACCAACUUCACCAGCAUCCCGGCUGCCUUCUGGUACACUAUCGUCACCAUGACCACUCUUGGGUAUGGGGACAUGGUGCCCAGCACAAUCGCAGGCAAGAUUUUCGGCUCCAUCUGCUCGCUCAGCGGGGUGCUGGUCAUCGCCCUACCGGUGCCCGUCAUCGUGUCCAACUUCAGCCGAAUCUACCAUCAGAACCAGCGAGCCGAUAAACGCCGGGCCCAGCAGAAGGUGCGGCUGGCGAGGAUCCGAAUGGCCAAGAGCGGGACCACGACGGCCUUCCUUCAGUACAAACGCAACAGGGGCCUGGAGGACCAGGAUGGCACCGGGAGGCCACCCCUGAGUACACGAAGUCGCUCGGCUUUCGAACAGCAGCACCAUCACCUUCUGCACUGUCUGGAGAAGACCACGUCCCACGAGUUUACAGAUGAGUCCACCUUCAGCGAGGCACUGGGAGUUGUUUCCCUGGGUGGCCGCACCAGCCGCAGCACCUCAGUGUCUUCCCAGGUCGUCACGGGAAGCAGGGCCGGGAGUCUUUUCUCCUCUUGCUGUCCCCGUCGGAGCAAGCAGCGCCGGGCCAUUCGGCUGGCCAACUCCACGGCCUCUGUCAGCCGGGGCAGCAUGCAGGAGCUGGAUACUCUUGCUGGGCACCACAGCCCAGGCGCCCAGAGCCGAGCCAGCCUUAAUGCCAAGACCCAUGACAGCCUGACUCUGAAUUGUGCCAGUCGGGAUCUGGUGGCAGCCAUCAUCAGUAUCCCCACCCCUCCAGCAAACACCCCAGAUGAGAGCCAGCCACAUUCACCUGCCAGUGACAAUGGGGAGGGGCCAGGAAGACCUUCUGGUGGCCGCGGCGAUGGGGGGGGCGGCGGCGGUGGCGGCGGCGGCAGCGGCAGCAACAGCAGCGGCGGCGGCCGCAGCAACAGGGGAACCCUCAGGAACUCCAACCUGGGCCCUUCUUAUCUUCUCCACAACACUGUCAAAAUCUCCUCCCUGUGAUUAGGGGACUCCACCCCUCUUUUGGGGCCUUGCUUCCCCAUCUCAGAUGUCGCCCCAUUUUGUUUCCAAAGCCAUAUUUGGAGGGGGCAAAGUAUGAGGCUGAUGAGGGGCCACAAGCUAUGCAAUGGGAUGUUAUAAUGUUUGGGGCUGGGGCACCCAUCUCCCCCUCUCUUCAGUGUCCUCGCCUGCCCUGACCAGGACAGUCUGGUGGCGCGAUGGAAGGUAAUUGCUGUCGACCGAGGUCCCGUCUCCCCUCUUCUCUGUCCCCCAGAGACAUCACCAGCUGGGAUAGCAGAAGACCAAGCUUGGUGUCUCAGGGAGGAGUCAGGUCCCCUCAGAGCUUCUCUAUUCCUAGGCCGCGUGGCCACUGGCUGGGCCAGCAUAAAGGAACCUGGUUGUCCGAGAGGAGGGAGGAGGCAGGGCUCACCCUGUAUUUUCUCCAUCGCAGAGUCUCAAACUUGGUAGCUCUGUAGGAUUUGCCAUCUGUUGGAACGAUGGCCGGUGGCCCUAGGGGUCUUGGUAGGGGCGAGCCUGCUCAUCCAGCACAUCUCCACGAAAUAGCAGAGGGUGACUGGCACAGACAGCAGCAGUCUCCUCCUAUCUCUGUCCAAGGAAAUGUUAGUAAACUUGAACAGCAAAGGGACCCGUCACCCCAGGCCAGCCUCCAUGCAUUUCCCUUCUUCAUCUGUUGGUCAGGUGGAGAAAAACCCUCUCAUUGGCUGAGGGGCCGCCCCACCCCAUCCUAGAGAUCUCAGAGAGAGCAGCAAGGAAAGGUCAGAAAGUGAUUCUCAGUGUCUUGGGAAGAGAAUCUGAGUCUUGGCCACAUUAAGCACGAGCUCUCGCUCCCUAGGAAGGGAGGCCUUCUUGGUGGCCGUGGCUCUUCCCCUUCCCCUUCCUUAGUGACAUAUACAAAGCAAUAGCUCCCAGCCCAGCUAUGUGAUGCAAAGAACCUCUGGGUAGCAGCAGGCCAGGAGGAGAGGCUUUGAGAGCUCUCCUCAGUAUCUCCAGAGCUCUUAGAACCUGCCUUGCUUUCCCCCUCUGUGUCCUAGUUCCCCUUCCUCAGCUGCCUGCCUGCUUGCCUUCCCCCUGGCACGUCUCAGGUUUCCCUAUUGGAUGUAGUUUCAGACAAUAAAACCAUACCAAAACCAAA